ACUACUCUCGACCCGAACUUCACAAAAAUAAAAGCAAAAAAAUUCAAAAAAUUUAAAUUAAAAUUUUAAAAACUUAAAAAAAGGGUUCCAGGGAUGAGUUCGAUAUCCGAGUGCGCUUUGGACCGGCACUUUACCGCCCAGUUGCGCAAAUUGCGCUUGUACUCGCAGGAGCAUCCAAUCAGCGAGGAGGAAUGCGAGCUCCGACAGUGCUGGAUGGAUCACCUGCAGCAGGCAAAGGGCGAGGACAAGUACGCCCGGAACUGCAUGACGCUGAUGAUGUACGACCAGUUUCAGCAGACUGGCCACCUGAGGAAGCCGUUCACCGAAAUAGAGAAUAUUCAGCGCUCCAUGGACGAUUUGCUGAACGAGUACGAUGGGGAGUUGGGAAUUGAGGAGCAACCGGCGGCGACGGCGACAGUGGAAGACGCCCAGGAAGCGGAAACUAAUGCCUCGAGCUAUGGUGGCGGGAGUAGUCGGUGCUCCAAGGAAGUGUCCGUGGCGAACACCCUUCCCGAAUUCGAGAGCGUGAAGCAGUCGAACCAGGCCCUCCUCAAGGAGAUCGACUCGCUGCACAACCGCACUCUGGAAACCGAGCAGCACUACAAGACCAAAAGCCAAUUGCUGGAGCAGAAGAUGGCCGAGAAAUCUAGGAUAGACCAGCAGGAGAGUAUCUAUCGGGCCUGCCGUGCAGCCAUUGAUCUGUUAAAAAGUUGGCCGGGAGACCAAGCGCCACUCAACUUCCUGGCCACCUGCUUGGAGCCCCUUCUCCGGAGCGACCUGAUUUCCAGCACACAUAUCUCGGAGUUGGACCGCAGCCUGGAGGACGUCUUGGACAGAAUGGUGAAACAGAUCUGCACGCGAAGGGACGAGAACGUACGCAUCCUGUAUGACCACAUUCUGCAUAAUCAGCAGGACAUGCUCAAUGAAAGGGAGGGAAAGGUUCGCCGGGUACAGGAAUCCUUGAAGCUGGAGCGCCAAAGGUUGCAGCUGCUGUCCGAGGAUCUGAAACGCCGAGAAGAUCUUAUCUGGAGGCACCAGUCCAUUGUCACAAUUCCCAGAAAGCCCUUUGAAGAGCCGGCCAGUCCGAGGAUAAAAGAGUGCGAAUUCUGUCACAGGGAAAAGUUCUUAAAAAGAGGUCCAAUAGAUCCUAUAUGCAGAAUUUGCCAAUUUGGAAUAUCAAAGAGCGCUGAAGAGCUGGAAAAGUUAUCCGAUCUGUCCAUCGACAAGUGGUAAUCCUCCUACACAUUCCUAUAUAUAUUUUCUAUUUUCUUGUUCGAAUCAAUAAAUCGUUAAGUUGCUUUGAAAA